CGGAGCCCUACAUGUGAAAUCUAUCGGGAAGCUGAAUUUGGCCGAAACUGAAGCUGAAUUUCGCGAUCGUCGAUGGAUUCUCCGUCUCCAAAGAGGCCCCACGCUGAAUUUGAAUCCCAAUCCGACGACAAGGAUCGGAUCAGCUGUUUGCCCGAAGAAGUUAUAGGCCGUAUAUUAUCUCGAUUGACAUUUAGAGAAGCACAAGCGAUUUGUGUUCUUUCCGGGAGAUGGAGGCACUUGUGUACUUCUCUGGUCACCGACCUUGAUUUGGACCGGUUGGACUUAUCGGAGAAGAUGGAAGAUAAACCCGAAUUGGCAGAAAAGGAGAGGGCGAGAUACGUGGAAUGGGUGGACAAUGUCGUGCAUCGUCAAAGUGGAGGAGAUCACGCUUUACGUAGAUUUGCGUUACGCUUUGACCUGAAUAUGUCAUAUAAGUCUCGCAUCGAUCGGUGGAUUAGGUUUGCAUUGGCAAAGCAAGUUAAAGUUCUCGAACUAGAUUUCCGGCCCGUGUCUACGGAGGAUUUGCUGGGUGGUUGCUUGCCAUAUUUGUUAGGGCAUGAGACACUUAUGGAUGCUGAUGUUAGGUGUCCACACUUGGGCCCUUCUAUAUCUUGGCAUGUUGGAUUUACGUAUCUUGAAGAGCUAUACUUGAAGAGAGUAAUUGUGGAUGGAGAAUUCAUUGAGCAACUGCUUGCCAAUUGUCCGGUUCUAGAGCGAUUGACAUUGAAUGACGCUCGUACUUUGAAUAGGCUUAGAGUUUCUGGCCAAUCACUUAAACUGAAAUACAUGCGCAUAGCAUGUUGUGACGAUCUUGAACAUGUUAGGAUUUACGACACGAAUCUUGUGUCCUUCACUUUCGUGGGACGGCAAUGUCUAUUGCGUUUGAACAAGCUCCCCCAGCUAUCUGAGGUGUCUAUGGAUGGAUGUCUAUUGAAGCUUGUGCAUGAAUGGUUGCCUAAGCUUUCAAGUCUUCCUUUUCUGCAGAUUCUCAAACUUGAAUUUAUAUAUUCACGUAGAUAUCACCAGCGUAUUCCUCAUCAACUACCUAAAUUGACAAGUGUCAAGCAAUUGCAACUGAGAGUUAAAGGAACCGGAGAUUUGAGUCUACUUCCGUUGACUGUCGUGAUCGAGGCAUGUCCCUACUUGCGGAGUUUUGUGUUUGAGUUGACAGACCCAUGGUGGAUACCAAACGGGGAGGGAAGAGAACUGGAAAGAGUUGUUAGACCUCUCCAUCGAUACCUAAAGGAGGUUGCAUUUUACAAUUAUUAUGGCCGACCUUGUGAUCUCGAACUAGUGACUUACCUUAUCGCGAGUGCCAUUGCUCUUGAGAAGUUAGUGGUGAAUACCUGUGACAAAGAAUAUGUCUCGGGCGAAUGGAAAAAGUUGAAAGAACCUAGAGAACGGGCUUUGCAACAACUCAAGGGAAAGGUACCUUUAAAGAUUGAUCUGGUUAUUAAUUAACGAAACCCGAGCCUCGUGGUAUUCAUAGAGGUGAUACGGAUGGCUAUUAUUUUGCAACCUACUCCUCUUCCCCUUUUCAAGGUUCUCCUUUUUUUGUUACUGCGGAUAUAGUUUGUUUAUUUCCUGAUUUUAUUUUGGGUUUAUAAGUUAUGUAAUGACUCAAAGGCCAUGAAUAAUGGAUGUUCCUGCAUUUCUCUAAGUCAUUUUA